UCGCAAUCUAGUCAAUCUUCGUACUUGCCUGAAAUGCCCUGCGAUCCUUCCGUCCAUCAUUCGAAUCACGUCCCAACAAAUAGAGUGGUCGGUCCACACACCGAUUCCCCCUCCUAUCUCGAUUACUUGACUCUUAAAGCAAACCAGCGACGAUCCCGGGGCUCAAAUGUGCUUUUGCGGGCACCAUUACCAGCUCCGCCUUCGACGUCAUCAUCUUCAUCAUUCGCUUCAUCCUCUGCGUCCACUCAGGCGGAAGUCUCUUCAGAUCCCCCUCCAAGCUUUGUUUCAUCUCAUUCUAAACUAUCCUGCAAUGAUGAAAUUGCCUUGGAAAAGCCUUAUGCAGUCUCUUCCUCACAGUCUCACCUAGAAUGGAUCAUUCACUUACAAAAAAAUCGUCUUAAAAGUUCUGUAUCGAACUGA